AUCUAAUGUAAUGUACCAUAAAAAAAAGCAUCUAAACUCUCGAUUCUGGGCAUCUUAUUAGAGAUCCCACCCUUAUUUGUCUCGUCCUGCACCCCUUAAAUCUUCACUCUCACUCUUCACAUAUUCAAUUCAUCUCACACAACACAAGAGUAGUUAGAGAGACGCUCAGAGAGAAGAAAAAAAGAAAAAGAAAAAGAGAAAAUGAACGUAUUGGAUUCCAAUGUGGAGGCUUUAGCCAUCAACUACUUGAGCUAUGGUAUGCUCACCACACUCAACAAUUUAUGGACCUGGGUAGCUCUCCUCACCGCCGCUCUCAGCUUCUGGAAGAUUCGAUCCGUGGGUUCCCUCAAACCCAAACCCGACGAGCCCUCCUUCGUUGGAUCCGACCCCGUCAAGGUACCGUUGACGCCUGAAGCUGUAACGGCAGUAAUUGAGCCAGCGCGGCAGACGGUGGUGGUUGGUGAUGACGUUGACGCAGUGAGGAAGGGGAAAUUCACGGUGUAUUACGAGGAGGACAUGCAAUGUGGGCGCGGCGGCGAGGGGUUGUUGACGGCGGCGGAGGAUUGGGAAGAGAGAGAGGGGAGCGAAUCGGAGUGGUGGAGUAAGUGGGAGAGGGUGUUGAAGUUGAGAAAUGGGGAAAACGAGAACGGGUGGUACACGUGUCAGGAUUUGACGGAGCUUAACGGCAACGUUGUUAGAUUAUGGGAUAGUGGGUUAAGUUUUGGUGGUGGUUCCUUCACAAGGGAAUCAUGGUGCAGCACAAGCUGUAUUCAUGUCUGGUGAUUAAAAAAAAAUAAAAAUAAUAGCUUUAUUAGAUGUAGGUUAUGUUGUGUAUCUUUCUAUGAUAUUAGGCUCUCCAUCAAAACUGAGAGAGAUUAUUGAGAUUUGAGAAUGUAUAUAUGGUAAUUUAGUAGUGGCUUUGGAAUUUUAGUUGAUGAAAUAGCAUAUCAUAUUUAUCAUUCACGAAUUUGAGUAUCAAUUUCAAAACGCAA